AACCUACCAUUUGAAACUAUGGGAGAAUUAUGCAGAUCAACCAUUUUCUUCUCCGAUCAACACCUCUGUUAUGCCGAUAUUCUUCCUCCUUCACAGGUCCGAGCUCGAAUCGAAGUUGCGGUCCUGAAUUUUCUUAAAGCCCUAAGUUCGAACUCUCCGUCCAUUUCCGAUCUAUCACUGAUCAGUAGGAACUCCAGCAAUAGCAGAGUGAGCCAGGGUUUACUGACCGGUGAUUCAUGGAUCUUCUUGUCCCAUUCUUUUUGCACGCGAUCUUUAACAAGAGAGAAUAGUGCCAAAUCCUUCAUAAGAGUUUGGAAGGUUAUGGAAAUGUGCUACCAAAUUCUGGUUCAGGAAAAGAGGGUGACUCAGAGAGAGCUAUAUUACAAGCUACUCUGUGAUUCACCAGAUUAUUUCACUUCUCAAAUGCAGGUUAAUAGGACCAUCCAAGACUUGGUGGCCUUGCUUCGGUGCAGCCGUUAUAGCCUUGGAAUAAUGGCAUCGAGCAGAGGGGCUAUAGCAGGCCGUUUAUUGUUGCAGGAGCCAAACAAGGAGGUUGUUGACUGCUCUACCUGUGGAUCGUCCGGAUAUGCUAUAUCUGGAGACCUAGAAUUGUUGGAAAAAUUGGCCAUGGAAACAGAUGCACGAUACAUCAUUGUGGUGGAGAAGCAUGCCAUAUUCCAGCGACUGGCUGAGGAUCGCGUAUUCAAUCAAAUCCCAUGCAUUCUAAUCACUGCCAAGGGAUUCCCUGAUAUUGCCACUAGGUUUCUGCUUCAUCGAAUCUGUCGGACAUUCCCCAAUUUGCCAGUCCUGGGGUUUGUUGACUGGUAUAAAUGACUUCACUAGAGUUGCCCACCACAUUAGAUGCAGACCAACGUUCUUACAUAUAGAAUUGUGAUUUUUAAGGAAUCCGGCUGGACUAGCAAUUCUUUGCACCUUCAAAUUUGGAAGCAUAGGGAUGGGACUUGAAGCGUACAGAUAUGCUUGCAAUGUCAAGUGGCUAGGACUGCGAAAGGAUGAUAUUGAUCAACUUGUACCCGAAGAAUCUUUGGUCCCUUUGAAACCACGAGAUCUGCAGAUUGCCAAGAGUUUGAUGUCAUCAGAGAUU